AUGACCAUGAGCAAACAAAAAGUGCUUCCGCAACUUAUCAUCCUCAUAAUAAUAAUAAUAGAGGUACUAUUAGCGGCAGCCACUUCAGCCCAAACACCACAAUUAAGCACUUCACCUCUUCCUUCUCCUCCUCCUCCCGGUCAAAUAGAAGUCAAGCCGGGUUGUCAAGACAAAUGUGGGAAUGUUAGCAUCCCAUAUCCAUUUGGUACAAAAGAGGGCUGUUACUUAAAUGAGGAUUUCCUCAUUACUUGUAAUAGCACACAUUAUGACCCCCCAAAACCAUUUCUUAGAAAGAGUAAUAUGAUUGUUACAAACAUAUCCGUGGAUGGGAAGCUUUACAUUACCCAAUACACAGCCGUACAAUGUUACGAAAAAUCAGGUCGGCCGAUUCCCGGCUUCACCAAUUCUGUCACUCUUUCCAAAUUCUUCAUAUCAAACACCGACAACGUGUUUGUCGCAGUUGGUUGUGACACCCAUGGGUACAUUACGGGAGACAAAAAUGGAAACUACGGAUACACUGGUGGGUGCACUACAGUGUGUGGCAGCAAAGACUACGUUGCCAAUGGUUCCUGCACUAGUAUCGGCUGUUGUCAAACACCCAUUGCUCAAGGAAUGACUUCUUUCGAGGUAAGUGCAACGAGUUUUAAAAAUCAUUCGAGCGUGUACUCCUUUAAUCCUUGCAGUUUUUCCUUCGUUGUCCAAGGGGGCAAGUUCAACUUCUUCUCCAAUAUGUUGUGGUCGGAUUAUUUGAUAAAUACACAACUUCCGGUGGUACUCGAUUGGUCAGUUGGAAAUGAGACCUGCGCUAACGUUUUUGAGAAGAAACAAGUGCCGAAUUACACAUGUCAGGGCAACGCAACGUGUCAUGAUGUCGAGAAUGGAUCCGGGUAUCGCUGCAAGUGCAACGAAGGUUACCAAGGGAAUCCAUACCUAAAUGACUGCUAUGACAUUGACGAAUGUGAGGUUCCAGAGCUCAAUACAUGCAAGCAAAAAUGUAUAAAUACAGAGGGAAACCAUACUUGUUCUUGCCACAAGGGGUACCAUGGUGAUGGUAGAAAAGACGGAGAAGGUUGCACCCGUGAUCCGAACUUUGUUAUCCCAAUUGUCGUUGGAAUCGGCGUAGGCGUCGUAUCCCUGUUAAUGUGCAUCUCUUGGUUGUAUUUGGGAUACAAAAGAUGGAAGCUCAUGAAGCUAAAGGAGAAAUUCUUCAAGCGAAAUGGAGGGAUCAUGCUACAACAGCAACUUUCAGAACGGCGAGGAUCCUCUCAUGAAACGGUAAAAAUCUUCACAACACGAGAACUUGAGAAGGCCACCAAAAAUUAUCAUGAGACUAGAAUCAUUGGCAAAGGAGGGUUCGGUACAGUCUACAAAGGAAUUUUAGCAGACGGCCGAGUAGUUGCAAUCAAGAAGUCCAAAAUGGUAGAUCAAAACCAGAUAGAGCAAUUCAUAAAUGAAGUGGUCGUACUGUCCCAAAUCAACCACAGGAAUGUGGUCAAGCUUUUAGGUUGUUGUUUGGAAAACGAAGUCCCCCUACUAGUUUACGAAUUUGUCGCCCAUGGAACCCUGUUUGAAUACAUCCAUAACACAACCAAAUCAUCCAAAUUCAACGCGCCUUGGGAAAUUCGUCUACGGAUAGCUGCAGAAACUGCUGGAGUGCUGUCAUACUUGCACUCUGCAGCUUCUGUUCCUAUAAUUCACAGAGAUAUCAAGUCUACAAAUGUACUCUUAGAUGAGAAUCUCACAGCCAAAGUGUCCGACUUUGGAGCCUCAAGAUUGGUUCCGAUGGACAAAGCUCAGUUAUCUACAAUGGUGCAAGGAACUCUCGGGUAUUUAGACCCCGAAUACUUACAGACAAGCCAAUUGACUGAGAAAAGCGAUGUCUAUAGUUUCGGAGUUCUCCUUGUAGAGCUACUAGCAAGAAAGAAGGCACUUUCCUUUGACAAGCCGGAGGAAGAGAGAAAUUUGGCAAUGUAUUUUCUUUCAGCACUGAAAGACGACCGCUUGCUGCAAGUUCUUGAUGAAUGUAUUGUGACCGAGGCAAACAUUGAGCAGCUUAAGGAAGUUUCUAACCUUGCAAAGAGGUGCUUGAGAGUAAAAGGAGAAGAAAGACCAACAAUGAAGGAAGUUGCAAUGACACUGGAGGGGCUGAGAAGGAUGGUAAUGCAUCCAUGGGUCAAUGAUGAAUCCAUAUCAGAAGAGACCGAGCACUUGAUUGGUGAAAUAUCAAUGGAAACUAUUAGUUAGGAAGGAGGUGGCGAUUCAAGUUCGGGGUAUCAUACUAUGAGGAACCACCCGGGUUGUCAAGACAAAUGUGGGAAUGUUAGCAUCCCAUAUCCAUUUGGUACAAAAGAGGGCUGUUACUUAAAUGAGGAUUUCCUCAUUACUUGUAAUAGCACACAUUAUGACCCCCCAAAACCAUUUCUUAGAAAGAGUGAUUCGAUUGAAGUCACAAACAUAUCCGUGGAUGGGAAGCUUUACAUUACCCUAUACCCAGCCGUACAAUGUUUCGAAAAAUCAGGCCAGCUGACUAACGACUUCACCAAUUUUGUCACUCUUUCCAAAUUCUUCAUAUCAAACACCGACAACGUGUUUGUUGCAGUUGGUUGUGACACAUAUGGGCACAUUAAGGGAGACAAAAAUGGAGACUACGGAUACACUGGUGGGUGCAAUACAGUGUGUGGCAGCAUUGACUACGUUGCCAAUGGUUCCUGCACUGGUAUCGGCUGUUGUCAAACACGCAUUGCUCAAGGAAUGACUUCUUUCAAGGUAAGUGCAUGGAGUUAUGAUAAUCAUACGGAUGUGUACUCCUUUAAUCCUUGCAGCUUUGCCUUCGUUGUCCAAGAGGGCAAGUUCAACUUCUUCACCAAUAUGUUGUGGUCGGAUUAUUUGAAAAAAACACAACUUCCGGUGGUACUUGAUUGGUCAGUUGGGAAUGAGACAUGCUCUAACGUUGUUGAGAAGAAACGAGUGAUGAAUUACACAUGUCAGGGCAACACCAUGUGUUCUGAUGUCGAGAAUGGAUCCGGGUAUCGCUGCAAGUGCAAGGACGGUUACCAAGGGAAUCCAUACCUAAAUGACUGCUAUGACAUUGAUGAGUGUAAGGUUCCGAAGCUCAAUACAUGCAAGCAAAAAUGUAUAAAUACAGAGGGAAACCAUACUUGUUCUUGCCACAAGGGGUACCAUGGUGAUGGCAGGAAAGACGGAGAAGGUUGCACCCCUGAUCGGACUUUUGUUGUCCAAAUUGUCGUUGGAAUCAGCGUAGGCCUCGUAUCCCUGUUAAUGUGCAUCUCUUGGUUGUAUUUGGGAUACAAAGGAUGGAAGCUCAUGAAGCUGAAGGAGAAGUUCUUCAGGCAAAAUGGAGGGAUCUUGCUACAACAGCAACUUUCAGAAUGGCAAGGAUCUUCUCAUGAUACGGCAAAAAUCUUCACAGCAGGAGAACUUGAGAAGGCCACUAAAAAUUAUCAUGACACUAGAAUCAUUGGCAAAGGAGGGUUCGGUACAGUCUACAAAGGAAUUUUAGCAGGCGGCCAAGUAGUUGCAAUCAAGAAGUCCAAAAUGGUAGAUCAAAACCAGAUAGAGCAAUUCAUAAAUGAAGUGGUCGUACUGUCCCAAAUCAACCACAGGAAUGUGGUCAAGCUUUUAGGUUGUUGUUUCGAAACCGAAGUCCCCCUACUAGUUUAUGAAUUUGUCACCCAUGGAACCCUAUUUGAAUACAUCCAUAACACAACCAAAUCAUCCAAAUUCAACGCGCCUUGGGAAAUUCGUCUACGGAUAGCUACAGAAACUGCUGGUGUGCUAUCAUACUUGCACUCUGCAGCUUCUGUUCCUAUCAUUCACAGAGAUGUCAAGUCUACAAACAUACUCUUAGAUGAGAAUCUCACAGCCAAGGUGUCUGACUUUGGAGCCUCAAGAUUAGUUCCAUUGGAUGAACCUCAGUUAUCUACAAUGGUGCAAGGAACUCUUGGGUAUUUAGACCCGGAAUACUUGCAGACAAGCCAAUUGACUGAGAAAAGCGAUGUAUAUAGUUUCGGAGUUGUCCUCAUAGAGCUACUAACAAGAAAGAAGGCUCUUUCCUUUGACAAGCCGGAGGAAGAGAGAAAUUUGGCAAACUAUUUUCUUUCAGCACUGAAAGACAACCGCUUGCUGCAAGUUCUUGAUGAUUGUAUUGUGACUGAGGCAAACGUUGAGCAGCUUAAGGAAGUUUCUAACCUUGCAAAGGGGUGCUUGAGAGUAAAAGGGGAAGAAAGACCAACAAUGAAGGAAGUUGCAAUGGAACUGGAGGGGCUGAGAAGGAUGGUCAUGCAUCCAUGGGUUAAUGAUAAUUCCAAUUUAGAAGAAACUGAAUCCUUGCUUGGAGGAAUAUCAAUGGAAACUAUUAGUUUUGAAGGAGGUGGCGAAUCAAGUUCGGGGUUUCAUAAUAUGAGGAACCACGUUGUAUUACCAGUUAGUGAUGGGAGAUGAUCGUGCCAGUGAACAAGUCCGUUUUAUUGUGCUUUUUUUGCCUAAUGUUGCAUGGAGUACUUAUGUCUAUCAUUUAAUUUCUUUAAUAACCUUGUUUAGUUAAUUUGGAGUAAAUGUAAUUUUGUAGUGAAUGGAAAAAUGUUGCUCUUAAUGAUUGUAUCACAUGGAGUUCUUUUUUU